AAUGACCUAGACAUCGGCCGCAGAUUUGCAACCUAACUGAACAUUAACAGUUUUCGCGGUCGCUUAAUUACGAAAGCUGGUGUAGUGUUUCAAAUUGAAACUGGGAUCAGAAACUGAAAACUACUGGCAAAGAUGCACUUAAAGCAAGGAGAUCCAAAGCCAGAAUUUCGCUCUGAUCGUUUAACUCUCAUUGGAUAUAAGUUUUGCCCUUAUGUUGAUCGAGUUAAACUGGUAUUGGGCUAUCACAAAAUCGAUUAUGAUUUAGUGAAUAUUUCGUUAACCUCGAAACCUGAUUGGUUUUUGGAAUUAUAUCCAACUGGUAAAGUUCCAUUAUUAUUGGAGAAUGGGAAACAACUCUCUGAAUCGGAUGUAUUAAUGCGUCAUAUCGACAGUGUGUAUGGUUCAGGUGUUCUCUUAUCUCAUUGUGGUGAAGAAUUAUUUGAAAAAGCUAAAGAAAUUAUGCAGACAAUUACUGGACCAACCUAUAUGCUGUUGAGUAGUCCGAAAAUAUCUGACGAUGAUGUCGCACAUUAUUGGGAAGCAUGCAGUAAGCUAAACGAUGCAAUUAAAGGUCCAUAUUUCGCCGGUCACGAUUUGAGUCUAGCCGACUUACUCAUCCUUCCACAUUUACAAAGAUUUGAAACUAUUGUCGGACGAAUCAACGGCAAAGACUUGAAUGACAACAUUGGUGAAUUGAGUGGAAACGAUGAAUUACGCGCUAAAUGGCCUAAAUUGACAGGAUUUUUAGAUGCAAUGCGAAAGAAAUCAUUUGUUGCUGAAAGCAUUGCAUCAUGUCAACUUAUUGCCCGUUUCGUGUAUAGUCGACAACAGGGUAAAGAUGAUCCUGAUAUUGAAUGAAUGAAUGCUUAUGGUGAAUUGAAGCGGAAUUCGACUUUUACUUUGCUGCUCAUUUCAAUGAUGGUAUCAAUAUAUGCUGUGGAUGAUUUAUAUUUUUGUAGUUGCAGCAGCUCAACAUUUUUUCUAUUUGAUGUGUCAUGCUAUUUGUCUUUUCUAUAUAUGUGCUCUGUGAAUAAAUGUAAUUUUUUGCUUUCUACUAAA